GGAAGCAUGAACAUUUGGAACCCUAUGUUCCCUGAAAAGAACCGAGACAAGCAAAUGUUGGCCACUUGUAUCGCUGCAUUGGCCAUCUACAGAAUGUUUACCAUAAUGUGCUUCAACGAUACUACUGUCGACUCCAUAUUGACCUAUGGAGACAAACUGCACACGUUCAUGAAGAAGACUAGGAAGAGAGAACUUAUGGGACUGGUGGAUAAGAAGCUAACGGAAGAUGAAAUUGAUUGGUUAUUGGACAACGAAAAUUUCACUGUAUCGGAUGUUCCGAAAAAAUUUGCAUCUCCAAAUUCAUGGUUCACCGUAACUAUUGAACCUGAUGUAGUAACAGGUGACAUUACUGCACAGGACGAUGAUGAAGAAGUUUUGAACGUGGCGAAGGGUAUUCAGAAAUUCUGUGAGAACUCCAAUAAUCUUGGACUACUGCAAUGCAAAGAUUUAAUGGUUGCAAUUUGGAGAGGUCAGAAGAUCUACUAUAUGUUCGACAGCAGGAACCGUGGACCAAACGGUAUCGUAGCUCAGAAUGGUGUAGCUUGUAUAUUAAGAACAUUGGGUAUGAAAAUACUCGUGGAUACUUUCUUAGCGAAUCUGCCAAAGCAAGGUAGCAACCAUUUUUGUAUCCACAAGGUGGUCAUGGUGAGAGAUAUAUGUGCAAGGCAUAGAGAACCUAAACAACUGGCAGAGCCCAAGCUAGCAGUGACCUCUGGGGGAUUCCAGAGGGUUAUGCCUGGAAAAACAAUUGUACGAGGUACCAUAAGUCAAGAAGAUCCCAAAUUCGGAAAAGGCCAAUACGUAAUGAGUGCUCCUAUAGCAUUUGUUGCUUUGACCAUGUCUUUGAUACAUAAUGCCAGUGUGUGGUCCAAACCUAUCAUCGACGACAUCAUUGAACUAGGACAUGAGCUCUAUGAAGAAAGUCUGUUGACAUUAGACUACGACUACAACCCGUGGGAAGGAGUUAUGGAUGUGCAUAUGGUGAAUAACGACUACACAAUAGGAGUUCUCAAGGCCAACUGCGAAUUACGAAACACCAUUCAGAAAGGAAUCAUUGAUGCGAAGAGAGAAAAUAUACUAAACCUCAGACAAGGAUUAGAACAAUUUUUCGAAGAAAAUACGCACGGCAUCAUUGUAACUGAUCCUCUGGUGUUAGCCAUUUGGGAAGAAGAGCAAGAUCAUGGUACAUCUUUGAUUUACAUGUACGAUCCAAAUCCAAGAGGGCCUAUGGGGAUGCCCCUAUUCACAGGAACUGCCUGUCUGGUAACCUUCGUCAAUGUAGCGAUGGCAGCCGAGCACGUGAUUUCUUGCAUCUUGGAGCCAGAAAAACGUAUGGGAGAAUUUACCAUAGUCCCUGUGGAAAUCGUUGUUGGGAACGUUAGGACCAUCAAUAAACGUAAGAGAGCUAAGACGCGAAGCUCUAUCAGUGUACUGCCGAGGUGCUCAAAAUUGCAUGCUGAUGAGGAGAAGAAGGCACUGAGAAGAAUUGCUGAAAAUGAGCGAAAGAGGGUAGAUAACAAGCGCCGUCAACUUAUGGGCAGGAAAUGCUACUAUACCCUGAAAGGCGUUGAUGCUAUCAUUAGAGGCUAUAGGAGUCAGAACUCCGGGCAGUACUCUCCAGAAUCCAGAAACAAUCAGGAUAUUCCCAAUUGUAUCGUUUGUUUGGUACUACACCACCUCGUGACAGUUGAAAACUGGAAUGCGAAGCAUAUAGACCUGAUUCUGGAUGUCGGAGAUCAACUGUACAUAGAUUCGUAUAUUGCCUAUGGUCCGAAGGAUUUGAAACUAGGAAUGGAGAACGUCAUGAGAAAGUUCUUCAUCAAGCACCUGGAGAUCCACGUCACAGUAUAUAAGCCAAUCAUACGCGACAUAUUCAUACCGUCCGUCCUCAACAGAGUCUUGAAUGUAUACUUCCAUCAAGAGACCUUCUGCAUACUCAACUACGAAGACCAAUGGGUAACCAUAAUCUUCAAAUCAGGCUUGUUCUUCCUGUUUGACCCCCAUGACAGGGACAUAGAAGGCAAAGCACCAAAGAAGGACAACAAUGAAGUCAGUGCUGUAGUGUUAAGAUCUAACAGCCUUGUUAAUAUUUCGGACAGGAUCAUCGACAACUUUGUGACUGGAGAAGAGGAAAAAGGACAGAAGAUGUUCACGUUAUGGUUGAUUUCUGUUGAAAUACAGUAAAGUUGCAAGCUUUAAGCGCGUCCUCGUUUGGUGCUAGCAGUAUAUGUGUAACAAUGUAGUCGAUAAAUAUGAACGUCCAAGGCAAGACUGGAAAUGUAAGAGAAACAGUGCUAAUAUGACAUGGGUUUGUAUGGAGGGUUUCUAGAGCAGCGCAUGGUGUGCGCAGUCUCAUAUAUAGGCCGUUAAAUAAUAAUAAACAAAUGCCACCAAAAGUCGU